GUGCCAGAGCCCCGUGGUUGCACAGCACCACAAGGACCGAGCAGUCAGUCCUUGAGCACAGCUGUUGCGGCAGCAGCGGCGGUGGCAGCAGUGGUGCUGACAUUGGGACAGCGGUGUCAGGACAGUGGUGGCAGCAAGAGCUGGGGACUGGCAGAGGGCAAGGCACCAUGGCCCUUGCUCUGCGCCUCUUCCUCCCGCUCCUCCUGGCCGUGGCCCUGCCUGCCAGGGCUGCCCAGGCUGCUCCGCUGCAAGUGCGGGGAGCAGAUGAGCAUGCUAGGAAGGCUUCUCCAGCAGCUUGGUUCCAUGCAGAUUUCCAGCCUCUUAAGCCUCCUGCAGGUGUGUCUGCAGGGAAGACUUUUCAGGCUCCUUUCCGGGUUGCUGCACACAAGCCCAGCUCCCAUCGCAGGGAGAUGGACAGAGAGGAUGUGCUGAAGGCUGAGUUUCCCGGAGGAAGCAGUGGCUCAUUGGCAGCCUCUGCUGCAGGAAGGGAGGCGAUGCCAGGCACAGUCACUGGAGGUUGGGACCGUGACUUGCAUCAUUUGGAAAGACUGGCAAACCAUGGUUUAAGGGUCUUGGAGCUUGGUGAAGCUGAACGUGAUGAUGAAGAUGAUCUGGAUUCCCAACCCAUACCCAUUACUGAGCCUCAGGGAGAUGCUGAGGGUGUGUCUGCAGGGAGGACUUUCCCAGGUCCUCUGGUGGAUGUUGCACAUAAGCUCGACUCCCAUCGCAGGGGUCCCCUGAGAAGGAAGAACAAACCUACAGGAGACAGUAAGUCACUGGAGGAAUCCAAACAUCUGGAACAAAUCCUGAGUGAUGUGGAGAGACAUGGUGAUGCAGCCGGCACCUCAACACAUGCUGACAAGACCCGGAAAAGCAUGAGAAGAGUUUUCUGCUGGGGAACACCUUGUUUGGUUAAGUUGAUGGCCAUUGUGCUUGGUGCAGCACUUUGCCUGAUGAUUUGCUCUGCUGGAAUCUGGCAUUGCUGGAAGAGAAAAUGGUGCUCCUGCCCAUCUUCAGAAGACAAGCCUAACAACUCCAGCAAAGAGAACUUGCCCCGUGUUCCCAGCUCUUCACUUCUGUCCCCAUCUGCCCUGCCGCAGCUGCAGCACCGUCUUGAGCCCUUCCCUAAACUCACCCCUCCACAACGAAACCCUCCACCCCUGAGCCCCCUGGUCCUGUUCCCCAGCUACGACUAAAGGUGGGCAGGCCUCGUCUGCCAGGGCAUGGCUUGGCCCACAUUUUCUGUUCAAAUAAAAAAAUAGAGUUGUCAUAGAUAUGUCCGGGUGGUACCACCAGUGUGAUAAACUGUGGUAAUUUGUUUGUUCAUCAAAAGAAUUGGAAUAUUAAAGGAGGAAAUAUAAAAAUUAAAGUAUAAGGGACUAGCCUGCUUGUUAGGAGAUAGGGGAGGACAAAAAAAAAGCAACUGCUACAAACCGCAAGGCUAUAGACAUAUUGCAAAACCGCAAGAUCACAAGUAUGAUUAAUCACCAUGUAGGGAGCUUUUCGUAGCUUUUUUGCAGACACAGGCUAAGGAUGUGGGGGGAUGGCCGGAGCUGAUUAUGAAAUCAGCGACCACCAGGCAACGGCCACCGGACUAGACAACGUAGGAGUGCUCCAGGUACGCCCAUCACUGUCCGGAGCCGAUUGUGAAAUCAGCGAUCACCUGCCUCGACACAACGCAGACACGACGCAGAGAGAUGCUCAAGCUACGCCCACCGCUAUCGCAAAAGACACGAAUGAAGAAACCUCCAAGAAACUAUAAAAAGAAACUGAAUAAGGGAGUGGGGUGUGGGGCACUGCAGUGUGGGACACUGCAGGAGGGACGGUUAGGAGACCCCUACCCACCCAGCGCUGUUUUGCUUGCUACUGCUUGCUGUAAUUAAUAAAAUUCUAAUUGACCUUAAAAAGGCUGAAUCAAAUUAUUCGCCUCAAUUUAUCACAAUUUGGUGCCGUGACUCGGAUAAAGGAAACCCGGGAGGGAGGCCCCACUAGGGUGAGGCGCCCCACUGCCUUUUUGCGGUGGACCUAAGGGGGGGCUUCCUCCUUGGGCCUUUACCGACGAACCUAAAACUCAGUAGCAAGCAAAGGUACCCCCGUUAAUCUUUGUGCACGAAGAACCGCGGAAGAGUGAACACGCAGGAAGCGUAAGUAGCCCCCGGUGGGUGGUGGGCCUCUUUUCCCGGUGGGUGGUGGGCCUCCUUUUUCCAGGGUUGAUUAAAACCUGCUGGAUUGAGGGAUUAAUAUUCCAAAAGCAUCCAGGGUUGA